AUGCAGGCGGUGGGCAGCCUGGCCCGGGGCUUCUGCCUGGGGCUCCUGCUUGGCUGGGUGGCCCUUGGGUCCCCAGAGGGCAACAAGGAACUCGAGAUCUUCAACCGCCUUUUUACUGGCUAUGACAAGUCCCGGUGGCCGGUCCAGGGGGUGGACGAAGUCCUCACGGUCUCCUUAAAGCUGACCCUCACCAACCUCAUCUCACUGAAUGCCAAAGAGGAGACACUGACCACCAACGUCUGGAUCACUCAGGAAUGGCUGGACUAUCGGCUGAACUUCAGCAGCGAGGAGUAUGGCCAGAGCCUGCGGGUCCCAUCUGACCUGGUGUGGCUGCCGGACAUCGUCCUGGAGAACAACAUUGAUGGAAACUUUGAGGUGGCCUAUUCCGCCAANUGGCAUCCGAUGCCCACUGACCAGCUGCGCAGGCACAUCACCGUCCCCUCCGUCUUCACGGGAGAAACGGCGGCCACCUACCUGCGGAGCCUCUUCACCUACGAGAGAGGGGGCCACGUCGUCCUGAUCCCCGAGUACAUUUUCCCGCUGGGCUACUACCUCAUCCCCUUCACGGGCGUGGUGGGCGUGGUGAUUGCCGUGAUGUGCACCAUCCUGAUUGUCCGUUGUGUGCAACAUCGCAAGCGGAUGCGGAAGGACCGUCUGUCCAAGGAGCAGCUGAAGAAGAUCCCUCUGCACAAGUACCGGAAAGAGAACGGGGAGUGGGCCAUCAAGAAGCGCCCGGCCCGCCGGGUCCUGGCCCCCGUGGCUGGGCUGGAGGCGCCGGGCUUCUCCGAGAUCCACUACAUCCUCAUCAUCCAGCGCAAGCCCCUCUUCUACGUCAUCAACAUCAUCGUGCCCUGCGUGCUGAUCUCCUCCCUGGUGGUCCUUGUCUACUUCCUGCCCGCCCAGGCCGGUGGGCAGAAGUGCACGGUCAGCAUCUCGGUCCUGCUGGCCCAGACGGUCUUCCUCUUCCUGAUCUCUCAGAAGGUGCCCGAAACGUCCCUCAGCGUCCCCCUCAUUGGCAAGUACCUGCUCUUUGUGAUGACGGUGGCCACCCUGAUCGUCACCAACUGCAUCGUGGUGCUGAAUGUCUCCCUGCGCAGCCCCAGCACCCACCGCCUCUCCCCCAGGCUCAAGCACCUCUUCCUCAAGUUCCUCCCGCACUACCUGGGCUCCAACAUCGGCCCCGCAGACGAGGACGAGUCCCUGGGCGCCCCCUGCCCUCGGCGCUCCUUCUCCACCUUGGUCAAGGCCGAGGAGUACAUCCUGAAGAAGGCCCGGAGCGAGGUCCUCUUUGAGCACCAGGGCCAGCGCCACGGGCUGCAGAGGGCGCCCCAUUACGAUGGGCUGGACGUGGAGAUGACGACCAUGCUGUACAAGAGCCUCUCCAGCCUGGCCCCCGAGAUCCAGGAGUGUGUGGACGCCUGCAACUUCAUCAGCAAGAGCACCAAGGAGCAGAACAAGGACGGGGCGGAGAUCGAGAACUGGAUGCUGAUCGGGCAGAUGAUUGACAAGCUCUGCUUCUGGCUGGCCCUCCUGCUCUUCACCAUCGGCACCCUGGCCAUCUUCUUCAUGGGGCACCUCAACUCGGCGCCUGAGGACCCCUUCCCGGCCCAGUAG